AUGAGUGGGAAAAUCCCUGAUCUUAGAAAACUUCGAAAUAUAAUUAAAGAAUCCGAAGAAAGAAUAAAAAUCGCAGACUCACCUAUAAAAUCAGCUCAAAUAACCCCUAAAAAAGAAAACAACCUCUCCCGAGUUGACGAGGAGCUCAAUAAUGCUCUUGGAAUGAAAACUAAAGAAAGCAAUUAUGAUAAACAAUUUCUCAAAACAAUUAAGCAAGAAAUGGAAGAACUUGAUAAAGAGCUUGGGAAACAUUUCGAUAAUCAAGAAGAAAUUGAGGACGAAGAAGACGAUCUCUGCAUUUCCAGCGAAUCUGAAAAAGAAAAAUUUAUUUCAAGCUCUCCUUUCCAGCUGACCUUACAAAGUCAUUAUUCAGAAAACUCUCAAAAUAUUGAAACUUUGAAAGAAACCACCCCAAGUAUCAAAAAAAGCGAAAAUUCUAAUAGCUCAAACGAACAAAAAAACCCUCAUUCAAAUCUCAAAAUGAGGCUACAAGGAGCUUUAGCUACUAUCAAAUCACUAGAAAAAGCUUUAAAAGAUAAAGAAGCUAUAAUAAAAGAUCUCGAGCAGGAAAUAAUAAAGAAAAACAAAACUAUUGAGUCAUGCCAGUCAUUAGUCAACGUAAAUUCCAAUAUUAAUAGAGGGGAAGGUUCCUUUAAAAAUCAGCUACGAAAAAAAGAUAAAGAAAUCGAACAGUAAGAAAGAGUUAGGAAGAUCAAAGAAUAUGAAGAAAAAAUCCAAGAAAAUAAAAAAACUAUGCUGAGGAUGCAAGAUUUAAAUAACCAUUUGAUGGCAAAACUUAAAGAUUUAGACAAGAAAAAAGAAGAGAAAACUGAGAAAAAAGCAAAAAAGAAAAAAGAAAAAAAUAAUGAUAAAAAUUAUUUUGAAGAAAAUGAGUAUUUGAAAAAGAGGCUAGAAGAUCUGAUAGAAAAAUAUAGAAAUUUACAAGUGAAAUAUGAUUCGCUAGCAGAAAGCUCAGCAGUAUUUGAAGAAAAAACUAGGGAUUUAUAUGAGGCAAAUCAAAAGUUGCAGGAAAAUUUAAUAAAGAUAAUGUCAAGCAUUUAG